GGAAAUUGCGUAUCUCCCUCAGUAACCCAGUCUCCCUACGCAGGAACACUAAAGUCCUUCCGCGUUUCAGACGUGGCGCCGGAGCUCAUUCAGCAGCCAGCCUCAUUCACAGCCCUGGCUUUCAUACUCAUCUCUCAGACCCUUUGCUUGAACCAUGUGGAAGAAGGCUGCUCUAGUGGCAUUGCUGGCCCUUGCAGUAGGUUACCUCUAUCACACAAACCCCAAGCUUCAGGAGCAUGCGGUACGUCUCAUCACCCAGUCCAUCCCUCAGUCACUACUGUCCUCACAGCAUGAAGGUAGUACUCGGAACCUGGAAGAGACCAUCUCCAGAGCCUGGGACGCCCUCAUCACUGCACCCGCAAGGCAAUGGGGUCGAAUCGCUGUCGGGGUAAAUGCCUGUAUUGACGUAGUGGUGUCAGGCGUCAGCUUGCUCCAGGCUUUGGCUCUUGACCCGGGAUCCGGACAUGACCACGACGUGUUGCACUCCAAAGAGGACCUAAAAGAGGCCUUUAUUCACUACAUGGAAAGGGGAGCAGCCGCAGAGCGCUUCUUCUCGGAUAAAGAAGUCUUCCAAAGGAUCGCAAGGGCCGCUGCUGAAUAUCCUGGCGCUCAGGUGUAUGUGGGAGGAAAUGCCGCUCUGAUUGGCCAGAAACUCGCCUCUUACCCAGAGCUGGUGGUUCUUUUGUGUGGCCCUAUUGGGCCUAAGCUGCAUGAAUUGCUGGAUGAACAGAUAGUUGUUCCACCACAAUCACUUCAGGAGACUGAUGAGUAUCACCUCAUCCUUGAGUACAAGGCAGGAGAGCAGUGGGGAUCGAGUCAGGCCCCUCAAGCCAAUCGCUUCAUCUUCUCUCAUGACGUCUCCAAUGGGGAGAUGAGCACUUUGGAGACCUUUGUGGCAAGUCUAGAGGAGUUUCAGCCCGGGCUGGUGGUGCUGUCUGGACUCCACAUGAUGGAGGGAAUGGGGCGUAAGCUUUGGGAGGACAGACUCAAAGAGUUUGCAGUUGCCCUCUCUGACGUUCGCAAUGAGGCGCCCGUCCAUCUGGAGCUGGCCAGUAUGACUGAUCGAGAUUACAUGAGCAUCAUCACCAGGGAGCAGGUCUUGCCUUUGGUGAACUCGAUCGGCCUGAACGAGCAGGAGCUGCUCUUCCUGUCUCAGGCUGCUGGAGGUCCUCACUCUGACCUCCGCUCGUGGAACGGCGUUCCUGACGUGGGCCGCGUCUCUGAUAUCCUCCUCUGGAUCCUAGAUCAGUAUGGCCGAGCCGACCUGCACUCUGAAGCCCAUCUGACCCGCAUCCACUUCCACACUCUCGCUUAUCAUGUGCUGGCCACGGUUGACGGCCACUGGGGGAACCAGCGUGGAGCCGUAGCGGCCGGGGCUCGCAUUGCCAGCGCUCAGGCUUGCGGAUUACGAGCUGUGGACGUCAGUAAGGUGGAGCUGAAGGCUCCGCUCAGCUUCUACAGCUCUUUCUCAGAACCGAAAGAGGGCUUAGUUUUGGACCCGUUCAAUCCGGUGACGGUGUGGCGAAGGGGGAACGUGUCCUUCCAUCUCAGUCCAGUACUCGUAUGCAAACAGCCGCUGCGGACAGUAGGGCUGGGGGACGCGAUCUCAGCAGAAGGACUCCUCUACUCGGAGAUUGUGCCCCAGCUACAGUCUGAUGAGUGAAAGUGAACUUUUUUUGUUUAUUAUUUUAAGGUAUUUAGAGUCCCUGAGGUCCAAUAACAAUGUCUUAAAAACACUUACUUUCCUUACUCUUGGUCCUCUCUACAGUGCCGCUAAGCAUCUAACCAGCUGUAUAGAUGUUCCUGUAGGUGCUCUUCCAGUCACUUAGACCUUAAUGUGAACAGUGAGAAAUGGAGGAAGAGAGGAUGUUUUUCAUGGGUACAGGAAAGAGACUUUAUCCUUACUUUGUCUUCUUGUGCGAACUCGGUGCGUAGUCUUCAAUCCGUUUGGUGAGUACUGUACUUAGUCUUACUUGAGACUGUAUUAUUGCACUGAGUAGAAAAUGCUGUUUUUGUUUUUAUUUUUUUUCUCCUCCAGACCAUUGACUUUUCAUUGACUACUAUGACCAUGACCUACUUAUUAACAGGAACCAUGAGCUGCUAUGAAAUGAAAAUAAAAAUGGCUUGAGAAUCCUACAGGCACCCAAUGAAAUCAAAUGCCCUAACCAAAACUAUUAUGCGAAUAAAAUACGAAUAUACCCCCCCCCCCCCCAAAAAAAAACAAAAAAACAAAAAACAAAAACAAAAAAAAACAACCAACCUAAAACUAUGCUUCUAUAUGGCUUUCUGGACUUGUUUAACCCUCCUAUUAUGUUAUGGGUCAAUUUGACCCAUUUCCACAUUUGAGAUGUCUGAAAUACUCUUUUAAUCUUCUCUUUGGGAUUCUUUGACUUUUCCUCACUUACAUAUAUGCAAAUAUUUCUUCUUAUGGCUUGUCUCAAACAAGCCAUAAUAAAGGUUUACUGUUUUAAGCUUUUGUUUGCUGGGGUUUUUUGGUGUGUAUUUAAUUAAACUUGAAGUCAUUUGGCCCAUAACAUCAUGGAUGUUAUGGGCCAAAUAAUAAUAGGAGGCCAACAUAAUAGGAGGGAUAACUUAAUGAAUCUAUUACUGGUAUUUAAAACUAUCUAAUUCUCGCAUACGUCACAAGUUUUGACACCCUUACCCAUGGAAGGGUUUUUACUAUUUUAUAAUAAUAAUCAGUCCCUACAGGAUUUUGUGGAAAUUAGUUUUUUUGUUUUGUUUUGAUUGUCGUGGCCAAAAAUACUCGAUAUUGCUGCGUCGUUUUUCAAAACUUGCGAUGGAAUUUGGAGAGGUUUUUUUUUUUUUUUUGGUGAAAUUGCAAUUCCACUAAACUGUUUAGCACGGUGUUUCGCAGUGAUGUUUGUCGGUAAAUGAGACCUUUUAGCUGCACUCAUGUUCGACGCACGUGAAUCAAAGAGGACUUUGGCUGAAUGCGCACACGAUGCAUCUUGGCCCGAAUCUGCGGGAAUUUUGACAAAUUUCAAGCUCCUAGGAAUAUUGUGGAGUUCGCUUGAUUUUGCAAUCCAGGGUUUCAGAAUGGACUGAAUAAUAAUAAUAAUAAUAAUAAUAAUAAUAAUAAUAAUAAUAAAGAUUCAAUUCCUAACAGUAUUCCUUAUGAAGCUUUGCACAUUCGUGCCCCUGUCUUAACCAGCUUAAUGAGGGAGCUUUUCCCGAAAAGACCAAGCUCCAAGCUCCUUCUCCUAAAAUUGACUUGUCCAUGGAAACAAUAUAAUUUUAAGUAAAAACUACUUAUUAAAAAUACAUGUUGAUUCUGAAAUUUAUACAUGGGCAUUAACUCCACUAUGUACAACUGUCUUAAAAAUUUCAGCUGUAUGCUUUUAUCAGAAUGUCUUUAAAACAAUGAAAAGUAGAUAUAUUUGGUCCAAUGUGUCCAAAACUUUUGACUGAUAGUAUAGGACAAAACAUAAACUUUUUUGGUUACUGAAAUUGUGUAUUGUAAUUUGCACCUACCUGAACGGCAAUACACAAGCUUAUAGAAAUGCCGGACAUCUUAGUGUUCUGCUUCGUAGAAUAUUUGUAAGAACACCAGCACUCACUUCAUCCUCAGCAUGUUUUAGAUCAUUUUACUCACUUAAGAAAACAAAUCCUGCCUCUUUUAUGCUGAAUGGCUGAAAGGAUGUAAGGGAACAUUUUCCUACUUAUUUAGUCAUGUCUUGUACUAUUCCUACUUUGAUAGAGCAGAAAUCAGAUCAUGUCUGUACAUAUAUAGUGUUCAAAUGAUUCAGUAGCUUGUUGAGAUUGUGAAAUUGUAAAAAAAAAAAAAAAAAGUUUUUAAAAAUCCUGCCAUUACCAACUGACUGUCGGUUUAUUUCGUUGUUUUGAUGGUUCAGAGGUCAUAAAGCUGCUACUGUAAGCAAACAGACAUAAUUCUAAGACUAUAUGAUAACUGUUUCUAAUCUGGACUGAUGAUUGCCAAAAGCUGCACAUAUCAUUGAACUAUAAAUUUGGUUUUAUGCAAAUAUACGUUUUCUUUAUUUUAAGGCUUUCUUCUCCUUUAAAGAAAAAGGCGUGUCUUCAGCAGCUCCGUUUCUGCAGUUAACAUGCCAUAUUUACCUUUUUAUGCUUUCUUUCUGUCUUUAGCUCUGUAUUUUUGACACUUUUUUUUUGUUUGUUUCUUUAAAAUGACUCCAUAUUAGGGUGCCGUAUAGCGCAUUUAAUUGAGAAUAGUUAGUUUGUACAAAUUAUGCAAAAGGAUAUUAAGGUAACAGGACUAUUUAGGUUAAGGUUUAGGUUUUAAUUAUAUUUUUAUAGCAAUAAAAUAUUCUGUUGAUCCAAAA